AUGGCGUCUGGGCAUAAUGAACCCAAGCUGUUGUACGCCAUCCAGGGCGUCUCAGCCUACCACCUGUCGCAUGGCAGAGAGGAGGCGCUCACACCCGCGGGACCCCAAACCCUGUCGCUACUGAUGGUACCAACGUCGUCAACCUACGCAGACCCGUCGACACUCGACGCAGGGAACGCGACACCGCAAGACUUCUACUUGCACAUGCAUCUGCCGCCCGAGUUGGAUAUCCCCCUGCCGGCGACCACGCAGAUCUAUCACCAACCCCCGACAAGCUACUUGAUCCCGCGUUGGGACCUAGGGCCAGACAGCGGCGCCUUCACUAGGCUCGAGUUCCCUUCGCCCGGCACUCGAAAGGGCCUUCAGGAGGACAUUGAUACGUUCGAGACAAUUUUGGCGCAGUGCACGGCUUUCUUGGAGCGGGCGGCGCCUCCUACCUCGGCCAAGAAGGCGAAGGGUCCUGCCUCCUCGACAAAAUCCUCGCCAACGUCAUCCAAGUCCAAAUCAGCCCUCCAGGACGAGCUUCCCCCUUAUAACCCCGCAGAGUAUGGCCCCGGCCAAGGGUACGUUGAUGGGUCUCAAAGCACCCAUGCGGGAGGCAAGAUCGUCCUCGUAGAUGAGGAAGAUGGUAGCGUGAUUGGGGAACUUGGAGAGGGAUACCAAAUUGUCGAGGAUGGUGCCGUAAAACCUGGGUCCAAGGAUCCAGUUGAGAUCACGCUACCGAGUGAAGGGCAGAAUGCUCUCGCAGUGGCACCAGCCUCGGAGGAGUAUCUUGAGAUGGAACUCCAUCCGUCGUACCAGAAGUCUUUCCUGGUCUCCAAAGCGGUCUAUGCAUCUCGCCUCAUAGUGACAACGUCUGAUUUCAUUUCCAAGGGAAUGCAAAGCGGAGCCGACAGCUUCCAGAAGAAGACGAAGCCUGUCGAGAAGGCAGUCACGUUCAACCCUACUACGCACGAGCACGCGCGUCGCAUUGGCAAGUUCUCGGGAGGCGUGGCAGAGCUCUCUUCGAAGACGGUCGGCCAAGUGUCCAAGGUGGCACAGAAUCUAGGCGCCAGCCUCACGAGGAAGAAGGAGAAGAAUGGGUCGAGCAGGGGCUACGGGCCCGAUGGGCAGCCUCUGGAGAACUUUAAGCCCGGCUUGUUGAACAAGAGUCUGAUGGCAUUCUCCACUGUCGCGGACGGAAUUGAGCAUGCGGGCCGUAGUCUUAUGACCUCGGGCACUAACGCGGCCACGACCAUGGUCACUCACAGGUGGGGAGAAGAGGCCGGAGAAUUGUCAAAGCAUCUUGGCGGCAGUGUGAAGAACGUUGGGCUUGUGUACAUUGACGUCACCGGUGUCUCAAGGAAGGCCAUCAUCAAGGCCGUUGGGAAAGGUAUGGUCGUGGGUAAGGUGAAGGGAGGAGGUGAGGUUAUCGUAGGGGAAGACACGGCCGUCCCGGAACCCAACAUUGAGAAGCGGGACUCUUCGACGAAUCUUCUCAUGGGAAGUGCAGGCUCGUCAAGCGGGAAGAAGCCAUAUUAG